AAGUGUACAAGGGUAAGAUGCCGCGACAAAGUCGUUCAAGAAGUAAUCUCUCUGAAAAAGAAAAAAAGAAGCGUAGACGAGAACAGAAAAAAAUUAGCAUACGCCGUGCUCGAGCCAAAAUGGACGAAGCAGCACUCGAAGAAAGAAGAAAGAAAGACAGGGAAAGAUAUAAAAAGAAGAAAGAGCAAGGUCAAAUCAAGAAUAUUAAGGAUUACACACCAAGAGAACAAAGAAAAAUUAGAAGGAUAUGGAGAGAGAAGGCAAAGAAAAAACGUGAAAAGGAAAAAGAAAAAACUUCAUUAAUAAUGAUACUAUAUCGUAUGAGAGAUGGAUAACAAAGACUGUUACUAUCGUAAUAAAAUGAGAAGCAAAACAAUCUGAAGAGAUCUGUAAAAGAAAAAGUGGUGACUACUAAGAAAAAUCUUUUGGGAAUGUUACACUCUAAUUAACCGACUUAUACUAAGCAUGUUGCAUAUGUGAUGCAUCAAUCAAAUGCUGUUCAAACCAUCAAACAACGAUUAACGCCUGAAGACGAACUUCUCCAUAUAGAUUUUUCCGAAAAUUACAACUGUAAGUAUGCCGAGGAAAUACAGUCUGCUCAUUUUGGCGGUUCAAAAAUACAGUUGUCUUUACAUACUGCUGUUUAUUAUAGUACCCAAUCAGAACCUCCGAACAAUUAUACAGCAAGUACUUCCUUUUGUACCGUAUCAGAAAAUAUCAGACAUGAUCCUGUUCUGAUAUGUGUACACUUACAUGCUUUGAUAAAUAGAAUUCGACAACUGUCGCCAAACUUAAAAAACUUGCAUAUUUUAAGUGAUGGACCUUCUACUCAAUAUCGGAAUAAAUCCAUGUUCCAUUUAAUAGCAACAUACUUAAGCAAAGUGUUAAGUGUCAAUUCCAUCACUUGGCAUUAUAGCGAGAGGGGACAUGGAAAAGGUGCACCGGAUGGAGUAGGUGGCUGCAUCAAACGGAUCUGCGACAGCUGUGUUGCGAGAGGUCAAGACGUUGCAUGGAGUAUUUACGAACCGCAUACUAUCCACGCAAGGCGCUUAAGUUGCUUAGAGUGUAAGGCCCACGAAAUUUGUCAUCAUGUACAUGUGUUAAACAUGCAAAUUUGAAAUUGGUGAAAUCCAAAUAAACUAUAGAGAUCCGACAAUGGCUGACUUAUAAUAGUAUCUCCAUGAACUCCCGAUGCUCCGACUGUACCAAAUUCACCGAGUUGACUGAUAGACUUACGCCAGAUAAUUUAUUAUGCAGCAAAUUUGUAGGCCUACAAAAAGAAAAUUUAGGAUUUACUCAGAUGAUACUAAUGAGGACGAAGUGACGAAGAAGCCUAUAAAUAAAUUUUCAUCUAACGAUGAAAAUAUUUUCUGA